UUUUUACAGUCUCUGUGGUCACAUGAGCAGCGGUCACAUGAUGUUUGUGAGCUGCUCCUGGAAACAUUUUCACUAUCACAUUCUGGUUUGCUAACCGCCAUUAAAUCCAAAAGAUAAAGAAGAAGAAGAAGGAUCACAUUCAUCACGUGGGAAUACAACAGGAAUGAUGUGCUCGAGAGGAGGCUGCUGGUGAGUGUGAUGAUGAUGAUGGACAGACCGGAGGAGGAAGUUAAUGUGUUUGCAGUGUGUCAUGUGAUGGAGGACGUCAUGUGUGUGGAUGAACAGACCAUCCAGCGACUGACGGACGGAUUCAUGUCUCACUAUCUGCCGGAGCUGAACGCCUCCAAACAAACCCUGCAGGAACUGACACAAAAUCAAGUUAUUUUGCUGGAUACGCUGGAGCAAGAAGUCACGAAAUUCCGCGAGUGCAACGCCAUGAUUGAUCUGAAUGCACUGUUCACAGAGGCCAAAGUUUAUCACAGCAAACUGGUGAACAUUCGCAAAGAAAUGAUCGUUCUGCACGACAAGACGACCAGACUAAAGAAGCGAGCGCUGAAGCUGCAGCAGCACAAGCAGAAGGAAGAUCUGGAGCGCGAGCAGCAGAGAGAGAGAGAGCUGGAGCGAGAGAAACGCCUCAUCGCCAAACCCGCCAAACGCACUGGCGACUCCUGAACCAACGCCACACACACUGAGCAUGCUCAGAGCACAGCCCCGCCCACUGCCUGCAGACUCCGCCCCUGUCCAGUUUAAAUAAAGCAGCAUUGAUCAGAAACACAGAUCUGCUGCGGCACCUCUCAAAUGUGCUGAAUUCUCGGAUGAUUUUCAGAACUAAAUGACUCUUCAUCAUCAUCAUCAUCAUCAUCAUCUUCAUAUCCCAGUGUGUUUCUGUUCAGAAAAAUAAUAAAAAAUCUGUAAUAAAA